GCCCGAGCCUCGGCGGCGGCGGCGACGACGGCGGCGGCGGCGGCGCUGACACCUCCCACCAUGGACAGCUUCGACUUAGCCCUGCUCCAGGAAUGGGACCUCGAGUCGCUGUGGGGUGAAGACAUCUUAAACCAGAGGAGUGACUCUCUAGUUGUGGAAUUUCAGUCGUCAGCCAGCAGAUGCAGGAGGUAUUAUAUUGGUGUCUAUGAACCAGAUAGAAACGUGUUACGGAGGAAAGAACGAGAAAGAAGAAAUCAGGAAACUCAGCAGGAUGAUGGCGCGUUUAAUUCAAGUUACUCCCUCUUUAGUGAACCCUACAAGACUAACAAGGGGGAUGAGCUCUCCAACCGGCUCCAGAACACUUUAGGCAAUUACGAUGAAAUGAAAGACUUUUUAACGGAUAGAUCGAAUCAGAGUCAUCUCGUUGGCGUUCCCAAACCUGGGGUUCCUCAGGCUCCCGUGAACAAGAUUGACGAGCAUUUUGUUGCAGAUUCGAGAGCCCAGACCCAGCCUGCAUCCGUCUGCAGCACCACGUCCUCCACCCCAGCAGUGGUCCCUGGGCAGCAGAGUAAGAGGGGCACCGUGGGCUGGCAGAAGGCCGGGCACCCACCGUCCGAUGGCCAACAGAGAGCAACACAACAGGGCUCUCUCAGGACCUUGCUUGGAGAUGGUGUUGGCAGACAGCAGCCGCGGACCAAACAGGUGUGCAACGUCGAGGUGGGUCUUCAGACCCAGGACAGGCCACCUGCUAUGGGAGCCAAGCACAGCGGCAGUGGCCACUGUGUUCAGAACUUUCCUCCAUCCCUGGCUUCAAAACCUAGCCUCGUCCAGCAGAAACCGACUGCCUAUGUACGACCGAUGGAUGGCCAAGAUCAGGCUCCCGAUGAGUCUCCGAAGCUGAAGUCGUCCACAGAGACCAGCGUGCACUGUGCGUCAUACAGGGGAGCCUCGGGCACCAAGCCAGAGUCCGCCAGAGCCAAGGCCAAGCUUUCCAAGUUCAGCAUCCCCAAACAAGGAGAGGAGAGUAGAUCUGGAGAAACCAACAGCUGUGUUGAAGAAAUAAUUCGGGAGAUGACCUGGCUUCCACCACUUUCAGCUAUUCCAGCACCUGGAAAAGUGGAACCGAGCAAAUUUCCAUUUCCAAAUAAGGACUCUCAGCUCACUUCCUCGGGACACAGUAAUCCAAAGAAAGGUGAUGCUGAGACAGGGAGUCCAGACAAUGGCACGUCGACUACAUCAAUGCUAGAAGAUGACCUUAAGCUAAGUAGCGAUGAAGAGGAGAAUGAACAGCAGGCAGCCCAGAGAACGGCUCUCCACGCUCUGUCUGACAGUGCCGGGCUCCCGCAGGCCAACUGCAGGCCCUCCGUGCCCUCCAGCAAGGGCAGCAGCAGCGGUAGCAGCAGCAGCGGGAGCAGCUCCUCCAGCGACUCGGAGAGCAGCUCGGGAUCUGACUCAGAGAGCGAGAGCAGCUCCAGCGAGAGUGAGGGCAGCAAGCCUCCCCACUACUCCAGCCCGGAGGCCGAACCAGCGUCCUCUAACAAGUGGCAGCUGGAUAAAUGGCUAAACAAAGUUAAUCCCCACAAGCCUCCUAUCCUGAUCCAAAAUGAAAGCCACGGGCCGGAGAGCAAUCAAUACUACACCCCGGUGAAGGACGAAGCGCCAGACUGCGGGAAGCUUCCCGACAACGUCUGCCCGACCAGCCUGAGAGACAAGGACAUCAAGAGCGCCUGCAAGGAGGAGCAGAGGCCGAGGACCGCGAACAAGGCCCCGGGGAGCAAAGGGGUGAAGCAGAAGUCCCCGCCUGCGGCCGUGGCCGUGGCCGUGACCACCGCCAACGCCCCGCCGCCCACGGUGGCAGGUGCGCCCGCCGAGAGCGCGCCCGCGCCUGCCCGGAGGUCCGCGGGCAAGAAACCCACCCGGCGCACCGAGAGGACCUCGGCCGGCGACAAUGGCCACCGGCCCGAGGAGCCCGCAGGCGCGGACGCGCUGGGGGCGAGCGUGGGGAUCCCCCCGGAGCCCCCCAAGCCCCGGCCCUGCGGCAACAGUAGGACCAGCCACCGCAAGGAGCUGCGCUCGGCCGUAACCUGCGAGAAGCGCCGCACGCGGGGGCUGAGCCGGAUCGUCCCCAAAUCCAAGGAGUUCAUCGAGACGGAGUCGUCCUCGUCGUCCUCCUCCUCGGACUCGGACCUGGAGUCGGAACAGGAGGACUUCCCUCUGUCCAAGGCCACUGCCGCCUCCGGGAGCGACCCGAGGCUGAAGGAGGCUGCCAACAGCAUCAGCGGGGGCGGCCCCCGGGCCCCUGUGGGCUCUAUCAACGCCAGGACCACCAGCGACAUCGCCAAGGAGCUGGAGGAGCAGUUCUACACACUGGUCCCCUUCGGCCGCAAUGAACUUCUCUCCCCGUUGAAGGACAGUGACGAGGUCAGGUCACUCUGGGUCAAAAUUGACCUGACUCUCCUGUCCAGGAUCCCAGAACACCUGCCCCAGGAGCCGGGGGUCUUGAGCGCUCCCGCGGCCAAGGACACUGAAAGCGCGCCCCCGAGCCACGCAUCUGAUGCGCCCGCAGAAAAGGCUUUGCCAAAAUCCAAGAGGAAACGCAAGUGUGACAACGAAGAAGACUACAGGGAGAUCAAGAAGGCUCAGGGAGAGAAGGAGAGCUCUUCACGACUCACUGCCUCUGCCAACAGUACUUUGUCCGCAAACCACUGCAACGUGAAUGUCAACAGCUUGGCCAUCCCAAUAAAUAAAAAUGAAAAAAUGCUCCGGUCACCCACCUCACCCCUCUCCGACGCAUCUAAACACAAAUACUCCGGUGAGGACCUGACUUCCCCCAGCAGAUCCAACAGCAAUGGUUUGUUCACUUCCGCCUCCUCCAACAAAAAGCAUAAGGCUGAGAACCAGCUGCAGACCCAUGGUGGAGACCUCACGAAAGCGGCUCACAACAAUUCUGAAAACAACGUUCUCCACAAGUCACGGCCACAGACAGAGCCAUGGUCUCCAGGCUCCAACGGCCACAGGGACUGCAAGAGGCAGAAACUCAUCUUCGAUGACAUGCCACGCAGUGCAGAUUAUUUUAUGCAAGAAGCUAAGCGAAUGAAGCAUAAAGCAGAUGCGAUGGUGGAAAAGUUUGGAAAGGCUCUGAACUAUGCCGAAGCAGCCUUGUCAUUCAUUGAGUGUGGAAAUGCAAUGGAGCAGGGCCCAAUGGAAUCCAAAUCUCCUUAUACAAUGUAUUCAGAAACAGUUGAGCUCAUCAGAUAUGCUAUGAGACUAAAAACCCACUCAGGCCCCAAUGCCACACCAGAGGAUAAACAGCUGGCUGCAUUAUGUUACCGAUGCCUGGCUCUCCUGUACUGGCGGAUGUUUCGACUCAAAAGGGAUCACGCUGUAAAGUAUUCAAAAGCACUUAUCGACUAUUUCAAGAAUUCAUCUAAAGCUGCCCAAGCCCCAUCUCCGUGGGGGGCCAGUGGAAAGAGCACUGGCACCCCAUCCCCCAUGUCUCCCAACCCCUCCCCCACCAGCUCCGUGGGCUCUCAGGGGAGCCUCUCCAAUGGGAACGCCCUGUCCCCGUCAACCAUCGUCAGCAUCCCGCAGCGCAUCCACCAGAUGGCAGCCAACCACGUCAGCAUCACCAACAGCAUUCUGCACAGCUAUGACUACUGGGAGAUGGCGGACAACCUGGCCAAGGAGAACAGAGAAUUCUUCAAUGACCUGGACCUGCUCAUGGGGCCAGUCACCCUGCACAGCAGCAUGGAGCACCUGGUCCAGUACUCCCAGCAGGGCCUGUACUGGCUGCGGAACAGCACCCACCUGACAUAGGGACCCCGCCUUCGGGCUGGAGGGCACUCUUGUCUCCACGGACGGCUCAACAUUUCUGGACACUGUGCUCCUGAAGUUCCCAGCCACAGCAUUUCUCAAACGGCGGUGAAUAUUUUCUCAGCAUCGAACAAUGGUCUUUUCUCCCAGGGCAUGUGUGUUUGUAUGUGUGGGUGUAGAAAAGCUGCCUGUGUAAGUGUGUAAGAUACACAGCUCUUUAGAACACGUUUUCUUUGUCUAGUUUCCAUACUCCCAGGCUAGACAAAGUGAUCAGACGUUUCUGAUUAGAGAAAACACACUUACACACACACACACACACACACACACACACACAUACACACACACACACACACUUUCUAGUUCAAAGCUAAACCGUGACUUCUUAGAACAUUCAACAAAAAUCUCAUGGGUUAGUGAACCAGGUGCAAUACAGCACACCAAAAGCUUGACUGCCAGUUAAGAUGAUCUUAGUUCUUAUACUUUUGAUUACUUUCAGUAUUAAUAUACUCUCCCCCAAUUAUUAUUUUUUUGAUUGUGUGUAUUAAUGGGUAAUUGAAUAAUGAAAAUAAGUCAGUUAUUUUUGUGCUGGACGUUUACUAGAUUGCAUGUUACCAAAUACCCUGCCUUUUGUCUAGUACCUGCCCCCUCCAGCCAACUUUACCGUCAACUAAACGUGUUAGAAAACAAGUGAAUUGACUCCCACGGGCCUUCCCUGUCCUGCCCCCCAAAACAGUACGACCAUGACGCUGAGAUCUGGUAAAACCUCAGUGUCUUUGAAACUUCACCAACAUGAAAGCAGCAACAACUGCUUCUGGGGGCUCAGUGAGUAACUGAAAUCUUCUGCACGCGCCAGGAGCCCGCCCGGCACGUGUGUUUCUUCUUCCUGCCACUGUGACCCAGGGGCUGUGGAACCACAUGGUGUCUAUUGGCCAAUAUUUUUCUAGUCUUUUCUUUCCAUGAUAGCUUUCUUACCAGUUUUCUUGGCCUGAUGAGGACAUUACCUAGGAUGUCCCCUUCACUCGGAUCUGUUUCUGUUGCUUAUCAGGUCAAGAACUGUUUGCUAUCAUGAUUCUAUCUAAUCCUCUCACUCUUGGAGAAAGUGCCACUGCGGGCCUUGAAUGCAUUUUGAUCUGGGCGUUGUGUUUCAGGCUUUGAUUAGCAAGCUGCUUACUCUACAGAAUAAGUUAUUCCUGCAAGGAUCGCGGUUCUGUCUGGGGUAGCAACGACCAGUCUGGUAUGUUUCCGUCUCGCCCUUGAUUCUUUUCUUUUUUUUUUUUUUUUUUAAUUAAGUUUACAUUUUAGUUUUUUUGACAUCUUUGUUUACAGUUUUUGUCUGAAAUUUAUUUCUUUUAUUGUCUCUCGUCAUACCCUAGAUUUGGUCUUCUUAUUAAAUAUAUUUGGAUAUAAAAAUAUUGGUUAAAAAAAAAAAGAAAAACUCCUGGAAAAGAGGAUAUACUCCCUAUACUUUAAAAACAAAAAUAAUGACCUUGAGGCCUCUCACUUGACAAAAUUGCCCCAAGACGGCCUGAGAAAGGUGAUGUGAUGUGUGGAACAAUCCAUUUUUCAAGGUGAUGGUAACACAAAACGUUUAUAACAGAUACUGAUGGUCUUAUUGGUUUGGUUGCAAUGUUAAUAUCUUUGUCAGCCUGAUCUGUAGGUGGGAAAUAAGAUUGCUGUCAUUCCCUAGCUCUAAGCGCUGAUUUAAAACCUUACAAAUGAUCGAAUAGCUUUGGUGAUUUGAAAUUCAUUUAAAUGAACAAGUGAAGGCUUUGUGCAAUUUGCAUUUGACGUUGGCCUUCAAGCAUCUGGAAAUAUUAACAGUACUUCUUUUUUACAUUUAUUCAACUGAGGUGCUUCUGACAUUCCUUUCACUAAUUGUUGCUAGAGUUCCCAAUCCCACUGGAGUCUAACGUAAGAAAUUUUGAAUUUUUUUUUUUUUUUUUGGAAGACUGAGGCUUAGUUGUACUCACUCCUGCUGAAUUCUGAUGAAAUGUUCAGACUCUCACAUAAAGGGAUGGCCCCCAGGGUCCAUGGUGCAUCCCUGGGGUGCUUUUCUGGUCUUGCCCACCUUUCAGUCUCAGGCCUCGUGGUGGUGUUCACGUGAUGUGCUCACCUGUGAAACCCAUUUAAACACACAGGUGGCCUCUGGCUAGUUGUGCCAGCAGCACCACAUCAGCACUCGGUGAGCCGCGUUUCCAACAAAACGUGAAACUGGUCAUUUGGGGGCCGUCACAGCACGCCAUUCUCAGUGUCUUUUGUUUCAUUGGUAGAGCAUGUUGGGGGGGCAGUGGUGGCAGUGGUUUUUCCUUGCUUUGGCAUUGAUGCUUUUGAUAAGGAAGCAUCUUCUGAUUGUUGCUGGUUUCUUUUAGUUAGCUUUGUUCAAAGUAGAAAUAUCUUUCUUGUGUUUUCUGGUUAUGAAAGUCAUACAUGGUCAUGGGUAGAAAUUUGAACAAUACAGAGAGGUAUAAAGUAGGAAGUAUUCAGUCCCAUUCCCCAGAGACAACAGUGCUCAUCCUUUUCCUGUAUAUCCUUCUAGAGAGUCUCCCAUUUGAACGUAGAAUGUCUAUCAUCAUUUUUUUCUAUUUGAAGACAUUAUUUCAUCAGAAGUUCAGUACAAGUUCAACUGGCCUUAUCCCUCCAUGACCUGAACGGACCUGGAUCACAAUUGCUAGAGUUAUCUUUGAAAGAGAGGAACCCAAAUAUAUUCCUGAUCAAAAUGUGGGAUUUGUUACCAUUCGACACAGAUCAGACUAAUGUGCAGAACUGUGCUUGGAAAGAGAGGUUCGGUUAAAACACAUUUCUGGAAACUUUCAAAUCACAAAGGGGAACUCGGACCCACUGUCUAAAGAGGAAUGUACUGGAAAAAAAAAAUCUGAAGAGUUGACAAAUUGUGUACUAGAUUGAACACAUGGAAUCAAUGCAAUGAGCCUUCUGCACUAAAACGUACCCUCGUAUCUGCAACAAUGAUGUGUGUAUUAUAUAACAGUGAUGUGUACAUUUCUGACAUCCCAUACAUAAUACACAGUUUGUAUAAAUGCAUACGUUUAAAAAUAUAUAUGUACAAUACAGCUAACAUAAAACUGUAGUACGCCUGAAGGAUAUGACUAGUGCCUAAUAUUGAGUAUAAGUCACUACGUGUUCAAAUCACCUCAGAAGUGCAGUAAUUGUUAUCAAAUUAAUCAGUGCAGCCAACCUUAUUUAUGAACCACAUCUUUGAAACUGUGCAGUAGUAUAUACAUAUAUAUUUUUAAAUAACAUUUUUCACAGUUUUCCAGAGUUACUGUUGAAAUCUGUAUCACCAAAAAAAAAAAAAAAAAAAGAUUUUUUUAAAUGAUGUAGACACUCUUCAGACCCAGUAAUCUGUGUGUGAUUUCCUGUCUGUAGAUACCCAAGACACUCUAGCAGUCACCAGCCUUAAUGCAUGUACAGGAUAUUAUUGUGACUUAAUUUAUCUGCAGUUUUUAAUCCAUGUGAAAUUGGAAUUUAUAAACUGACUUGGAUUAACUAUGUCUGCCUUUCUAAGGUUGCAAAUGUUACAUUAAAUGAUUUAUGUUGUAAAUGAGAGGCAUCGAGUUGUACGUAAAAAAAAAAAAAAUGUCCACCGAUUUCUGUGAAUAUUUUUACAAGGAAACUUCAGAAUCAAAAAUAUAUUCAAAUAAGCAUUCUGGUCCCCAGUUCAUAAUCUCUUUAGAAUGGACCUUGUUGUUUCACAAAAAAAUUUUUUUUUUUUUUUUUUGGCUGCACCGUGCAGCAUGCGGGAUCUUAGCUCCCUGACCAGGGAUCGAACCUGUGUCCCCUGCAGUGGAAGAGCAGAGUCCUAACCACUGGACCUCCAGGGAAUUCCCCAUAAAAUUUUUAAAUGGAGCUUCCACAAAUUAUCGUCACUAAGUCUGAUAUUUUUCAUGGGGGUAAAUAGUAUGUUUUCCUUUAUUGUAAGUAUCGUUUACUAUUUGUCUUUCCCAUUUCCCAGCAUAUUUACACACGCACAUGCAUGUGUGAGAACACACCGCCCAGUGUCCCAGAAAACGCUGCAUAGGAAGCUUGAGGGGUUUAUUUUGAUGACUUUACUGAUGCCUGUCCAACCAGUAGCCCUGGGACACUGUUUGACUCAACAUUCCAUAAUGACAGAAGUUAAUCACCUGACUUGUGUCUACCUGGUUUUUCCAUCUCUAACCAACAUGGUGGAAUAAUGUUGGCAAUAUUUGGUUGAGUGAAAUGAGAGAAUUUUGAACUAACAAAGACAGAAAUAUUAGACCUGUGGCUUUUCAUGAUGUACCCCCCCGAUGUGGGAGGGGUUUUUGUUAACCUCAUUUUUUUACUCUUCUCUCCCUCCUUUUUCAUUCCCCUUCUCCCCAAACUAAACUAAACAAAGAAGCAGAAACAGCCACAGAAACAGAACAGUUACUUCACUUUACCCAGCCUAUAUCCUUAGAUUCAAAUACGACAGCAGAACCCUAGCUCCGGUCACCAUGGAGACCUCCUCAUCCCAAAGAUGACCUGGACGGGGUCCUUGGCUUUGCUUGCACCAGAGACCACUGAGCUUAAUACUCUUUCAGAGGUGGUUUGGGCUAAGAAACGCCCAAUAGUCUUUCAAAAACUGUCUUUCCCUUAUGCAGUUUUGCCUACUACUCAGCUGAAGUCUGUUCCCAUCAGAAUCCUAUUUUUAAGAAGUAACCCAUUUUCGAUGAAACCUGGAUCAAGUGGAGUCUUGAAAUACUUUUUUUUUAAAUGAAGGUGAAAAAAAAAAAACCAACAACAUAAACUGCAUUUCCAACAAAUUGGAGCCAGAGUUUAUUUCCUUGUCUUCCCAUUCCCAGAAGAGCACAGUUUUUCAAUAUUACAGCUUCCUGACAGAUAGCACAAGAAAUGCUCAGACUUGAGAUUUGUGUUCUCUUUGUCCAAACUGCAUUCUUCUGUAUAUGUCAUCAGACGGGUCCAUUUGUUUGCUUGGCAUGAGGAAAAUGAUAAAACUCUGUUCUCAAACGAAUUACAUCUGACCACGGUUUUGGUUUUUAUUUUGUUUAAUUGGCACUCUGAGGCAGCAGGGGGUGAAUUUGGGGUCGGCUACAAGGGGAUUUAGACUCACAGCUCUGACUCAAGUAAUGGGAAUCAAGGGAUUAAAUCCCUCUGUGUUACUUUGAAAAUCCACCUCGUAUAGCCAAUUUUAAACACAUUGAUCUAAGGGAUGAAUUACUAAUUGCCAGUCAACACAAGGAUCAGCAUUUGUCUUUAAGCACCAGGAAGUAACGAUGAGACCUGAAAAGCUGGAUCAAGGACUUGUUUUUCCACUCGUUUCUAACACAGGAAAAGCUCAUCAGAAAAUAUUUAUAUCCAACUAUGAUGUAAGAUAGUACCAAUGUUUAGGAUUUUCAAACAGUGCUCUUUGGUUAUAAAAAUAAUCACCAUUUUCUAGUUUCCGCAUUGUUUUCCAGUGCUUUUUCAGUUUUUCGUAAAACAGAACUGAUUUUUUUCCCCAGUAUUUAUCAUGUCUUUACUUCUAGAUGCCCAAAUGAGCAAAGAAAAUACUUACCCCUGAGGAAUGUGCAUUACUUGACUGUACAGCAUCUACCCACAGUAGCCAAACGUAUGUAUUCUUUUUAAAGCAGCGGUCCCCAACCUUUUUGGCACGAGGGACCGGUUUCGUGGAAGACGGUGUUUCCACGGAUGGUGGCGGGACGCGGGGAGAUGGUCCAGGCGGUAACGCGAGCGAUGGAGAGCGGCAGAUGCAGCUUCCCUUGCUCGCCCGCCGCUCACCUCCUGCUGUGCGGCCCGGUUCCUAACGGGCCACAGACCAGUACCGGUCCGCGACCUGGGGGUUGGGGACCCCUGUUUUAAAGAACACUCUUUGAGUCUCCUCUGUUACCUUCAUCUACAGCAUGAGUGAUCACGAAGCCUGAAAUAGAGCCACGUAGUUGAGGUGUCAAAAAUCCUAAGCACCUAACACACCCAUCUUUAGGGAUAGACGCUUUCCUAGCAUUACCAGCUCUCUCUGGGGACUAUUUGUGGGGUGAAAUGGCAGUAUUAACACUUUUCCUUUGAAUAAUUUGCAAACUAACUAUUGAGCCCCUGAAGUUCCCAGGGCUGCCAGCUCAACCCAAAAUGUCCUUCUCUGAGAGCUAGCUUGAUUUUUUUGUUCCUUUGGGGGUUUUCCUUCUAAGUUCUCUAAGUCAGAUUCUGUAUCUUGACUAUUUCGAAGAACAGUUACUAGAGACAGUGGGGGCAUUCAGGAGACAAAGAUUCCAUAUUAGAACUCGCCGACAUUGGGGAUGAGAAGUCUGGGAAGUAAGUGGGCUGCCUGGACGGUCUCCUCCUUUGCCUGCUGCCCCCGGUUCUUUUUUUUUUUUUUUUUUUGGCUGUGUUGGGUCUUCGUUUCUGUGCAAGGGCUUUCUCUAGUUGCGGCAAGCGGGGGCCACUCUUCAUCGUGGUGCGCGGGCCCCUCACUAUCGUGACCUCUCUUGUUGCGGAGCACAGGCUCCAGACGGGCAGGCUCAGUAGUUGUGGCUCACGGGCCUAGUUGCUCCGCGGCAUGUGGGAUCUUCCCAGACCAGGGCUCGAACCCGUGUCCCCUGCAUUGGCAGGCAGAUUCUCAACCAUUGCGCCACCAGGGAAGCCCUGCCCCCGGUUCUUAAAUAAAGCCCCUCUCCACGCUUGCUUUUCGUCCAUCUGAAAUGUAACGCAGAGCAUCAACUGACCACCCCCCCUCCCCCCCCGAGAGAGUGGAAGGAUCACCCGGUUGGGGCAGCAUUUUGAGAUCCCCAGUUGUCACCCGCAGCUGGAGUUAAGCAUCACUGUCAGAACAGAGGCUCCGGAAACCCACUGCCUCUGCAGGCACCACGAUGCAAAGGUGGGUGAUGGGGGAGAUGACACUUUGUCCCAGCUCUGACCCGUUUCUAGGGGACCAAGAGGAUGACAACGGGGUCGCCGCAGGCCCCUCCAUGGGACCCCUCAGGCUUCGUUGUUACCACUUUUAGUCCAUCCUGCCAGCAGUGAGGGAGCUGGGGCAGGGUGUCCUGGCCUGGCCAGGAGCAGCGGGGCUCCCAGGUACCCUGCAGUCAGUGGUACAGUCGCACCCUCCGCUUCCUCGUCCCGUCCUGGUCUUACGGAAGCAGUGGGUACCCAGAUGGAAAGCGGAAGAGGGAACACUGGGUCCAAGCUUCCAGUGGGUGCCUCUUCCAUGAGAACAUAGCCUGCCUCGAGAACACCGGGCUUCAAACAUCCUUGUCAAGCCAGAUGCCCAUAGCACAGUCGCAUUACCUGUGCUCUCCUGGAUUUCCUUUGAAUGCCGGGAAGCUGACUUCUCUUCCUGUGAAUCCUGUGCCUCUGAUGGUAAUUUUUUGUUUGUUUGGGGCCGGGGGACAGAGGACAGCUGCUCUGGGAGGUCUGUCCCUGAGAAAGGAGAUCUGUCAUAAGGGACUUGGGUAUGUCAUGAGCUUCAGGAAAGAGGAAACCCCUCCUGAGGAAGGGAUGGAUUUUUUUUCUCUAGUGGGUUAGAUAAUUGCCUCAACAUGAUCGCUUAAUUGUAGGCUAAAUCUUAGGGUCCCAGGAGAAAGAAAAUCAACCUGAGAACUGAGUGAUUUUGUGAUGCCGAGCUAGAGGGUGACCGUUCUAGCCCCAAACAUCAGGACAGAGACGAAAUCUGACCAUUGACCUGAGUGUUUCACACCACUGAGGUCACGACCUAAAUGUUGGAUCAAAGUUUUUUAGCUUUUACUUAAUAUUUAUAUUAUUUAGACACAGGGGCUUCCUUGUGUCCCUAAAUCAGUGCUUUGAGCUUAACCAAAAUAAUCAUGGAACACUCAUUCAAAAGGGCCUCUUUUCAUAUUCACUGGAAACCCCCUUUCCUUUAGGACCACAGCUGAAGGUCCUGAAAGAUCCAGCCUGAUUUAAGCCCGAAUCAAUACCAAUACCCUUUCCACGGGAGCACAACACCUUAUGGGGUAAACUCUGGGUAUUUAGGUUAAAAAUUCUAGGGUGGCAACAGAAGGUGUAUUAGCAUGAGGAGGUGGUGAUACUCCAGCUAGAUACUCAGAUUUCAUCUUAUCUCGGGCAGGAUAUUAAGGAACAGACACGCCUACUACAGCACAAUAGCUGCUUACUGCUGAGGUUCUGUGGAAUCAAGUUCAAAGUCACUCCCACGUAGUUUGCCUCAGUUGGAGCAGGAAUUUUAAUUCCACCAUUUUCCUUUUGCUGUGUCAUCUUGGAUGUUUAUUCAUGGAGCUGGCAAGUCUAAUUCAAUAUUCUGAUAUCAAUGGCCUAGUGUGUCACAUCAAACACCAUUUCAAAUUCUGCAUCUCGGUCUUGGGAAAGCUGCCAGCAAAUUAGAAUCCUGCUCAUCCCCCUCGAGAUGUUGCCAGCAAUCCGGUUGAAGCAGCCACUGAACCAAAUUAAAGGGCCUUCACUUCUCUUACAGGAAUUGGUCUUACCAUUGUUUCAACAAUUGAAGAGGAUUUUAAGUCGGAAAAUUCUGUACAGUAAUUUAUGCUGUAAAAAGUGUACAUGUUGUAGCAUUGAUUAUAAAGUGCUGUAUUUACUAAGGUCCAAUACCAUUUCCAUUUUUGUCUAGUUGUUCACUAUUAAAAGAGUUUAAGUUCAUUUUGUUGUGUGAUACUCAUUUGGGGCUUCUCAUGAGAACAUUUGAUAUGGUUAGAAAGUCCAGGAUCUGUGUGGAUCGUCACUAUUUUAAUCCAAGUAGUCGUAAUGGUCUGUUAAGCGUCACCGUGACAAACCCUACUCCUGAUGAAACCGUGUGCUCUUACCUGCGUCUUUAAGAAUGUGUUCAAAAUCUUAACCCAAGGAAUUAAUAAAGAACAGUGGCUUUAGUAAGGAACAUUUCCUCCAGCUUUCCUUCUCAAAAUUCGUGAACGCUUUUUCCAAGGAAAUUCCAGUGGACUCUCACUAAGUACCCCAGAGCUCUUCUUCCCGAAGAGGGGCCUCAACUCCCAGGCUGCUUCUACGAUGUCUGCCUGCCUGGAGCCUAAAGUUGCUCUACUUUGCUGGUUGCUCGGAUCUGCUUAAGGAAGUGCAAAUGUUAACUCCCCUUUCUCUGUCUCCCUCUUGUAUUAAGAAAAAAAAAGAAAUUACUCCCACACAGCUGUAUUUAUCAUAUUACAAAUAAACAGAAGUCCACGUUCAAAUCGUGAAUAAUUCAAUAGUGAAUUAUUUGGGCAAGAUAUUAGGAAGGAGUGGAGAAGUACGACUAAUAUUAAGGAUUUGUCUAGGGGGAUCUUGUAUUUUGUCUGAGUUUAAAUUGACAUGUACAAGGAUGAUGGAAUCAUUGACCAUUUAUUUGACUGUUUGGAGAUUUUGCUGUGUCUGUAAGUCACAUGAAACUCGUGCAGCACAGUUCUGGACUGGGGAAGUGUCUUACUGUACUGUAACAGAAUGAGCCUU